GCCCAAGCCGCUUUGGCCCAAACCGCUGUGGCUCAAGGCCCAAGCCGAGGUGCCAGGCAUCCGCGCCGCGUAUACCAGACAUCCACGCCGCCGAUGGGGAACAGCCAAGGCAACGACCACUCUAGCUGCGCCUGCUUUGAAACGGUUUGCCUUCCAGCGGGCUGGAAAGUCAACAUCUAUACUUGCGAGGCCCAUGAUGGUGCGCGUUCCACUCCGUUCUGGCGCCGCAAGUUCAGUUCUGGCGAGAGGAAGGACAUGGGCGCAGGCCAGCCGUCUUACAAGUCUUUCCAGGCUGACAUUUACGACAAUAAUCGUAAUCUCAUUCAAUACAUUGAACACGUCAACCCUGGCGAUCACUUCGAGAUAACGUAUGCGAGGCGUUCCGAUCAUGGGGGAGUCAUUGAAAACAAGUACUGGCAUACGAAGAAGAAUGGUGGUGGUUGGGAAUUGCAGACGAACAGCGCUUCAUUCCAGGCUCGGGACCUUCCAAGGGACUGGAAGGUCAACGUCUAUACUUACAAGCCCCAUGAUGGGGCGCGUUUCACUCCGUUCUGGCGCCGCAAGUUCAGUUCUGGCGAGAGGAAGGACACGAGCGCAGGCCAGCCGUCUAACAAAUCUUCCCAGGCAGACAUUUACGACAAUAAUGGUAAUCUCAUUCAAUACAUUGAACAGGUCAACCCUGGCGAUCACUUCGAGAUAACGUAUGCGAGGCGUUCCGAUCAUGGGAGAGUCAUUGAAAACAAGCACUGGCAUGCGAAGAAGAACGAUGGCGGUUGGGAGUUGCAGACGAACUGCGCUUCAUUCGCGGGCUUGAAUGGCAAAGUAUUCACUUACAAGCAGGGCAGGAACCGCGGCGUUUCGCAUUGGAAGGAAACGCUCGGUAAUAACCGUGGCGCGUGGAAGGACAUGAGCGCAGGCCAGCCGUGUAACAAACCUUUCGAGGUGGACAUUUACGACGAUUCAGGGAAAGUACUAGUCCGAUAUUGCAUGGACGUCGCGCCUGGGGAGACGCGGGACAUAUGGUCUGCAGUGCGUUUCAGCCCGAGCGGCGCACGUAUUAGAGACUGGUUUGUUGAGCGGAAUGGCGUCCUGGAGACCGGCAGGUCGGCGUGGAUCGGGAAGUGGUUUGACACUGGGGUCGCCGACCACUAUGCGGUGAAGAUCGAACAUACUUGCUGGGAAAUCUCUCCUGCGAAAACACCUGAACUCCCAAUCAAAAACCUAAUCGCGAAUGAAUCCUCUGAUGACGCCUUCGCGAAGAUCAUUCACAAAGGACAAACCGCGAACUCGGAUUCCGACAUCCAGGGUUUUGCCGAUAGGUGGGUCCAGGAGCAUCCAAUAUAUUACCUGUUUCAUGAGAAUUGCCAAAUGUGGGCUAGGGACUUGUGUGUCUUUCUUGGUGUUCAUUUCGGCGAGGCAAUGGCCAAUCCCUCACCAGUAAUGCAUCGCUGAGAGCGAAUGUGAGAGGCUGGCGCUCCAAAGAAGUGAGAGGCUGGCGCGCAGGUGAGAGCGAAUUGGAUUUGAAUGCGUCGUUUCUGGUAGUUUCUAGUCGACGUUUCCGACGGCCGAUUCGAUUAGGCUGCCAGCCGGCGCGUUUCCGGCUCCAGCAGUGCAGUUUGAAGCAUUGUGCAGGAGGAUGCGGCUGACUCGCGCUCUACGAGCAGUGAAGCAGGAA